AUGGCAACCCUAUUGAAGAAACCAUUGAAGCUGGCACUGAUCCAACUGGCCUCAGGUGGUGAUAAGACUGCCAAUCUCGCACAUGCGCGAUCCAAAGUUGUCGAGGCGGCCAAAGCUGGUGCCUCUCUCAUUGUCCUUCCCGAGUGUUUCAACUCUCCCUAUGGCACCCAAUAUUUCCCCAAGUACGCCGAGACUGUUCUCCCGUCUCCUCCAUCACAAGAGAAGUCUCCGUCAUGGCAUAUGCUGUCCUCCGUUGCUAGAGAGACAAAAACCUAUCUGGUGGGAGGAAGCAUUCCCGAGUUUGUCCCAGAAACCAAGGAAUAUUUCAACACUUCAUUAGUCUUCUCCCCUACUGGACAGCUCCUUGCCACACAUCGGAAGACACAUCUGUUUGAUAUUGACAUUCCUGGGAAGAUCAAGUUCAAAGAGAGUGAAGUCUUGUCUCCUGGAAAUAAAGUCACCCUCCUUGACCUUCCAGAAUAUGGUAAGAUUGGACUGGCAAUAUGCUAUGAUGUUCGAUUCCCAGAACUCGCCAUGGUAGCCGCAAGAAAGGGUGCAUUUUUGUUUGUAUAUCCCGGAGCAUUUAACACUACAACUGGACCCAUGCAUUGGACGUUACAAGCCCGAGCGAGGGCCAUGGAUAACCAGAUUUACGUGGCCAUGUGUAGUCCGGCAAGAGAUACAGAGGCUACUUAUCAUGCCUACGGUCAUUCGAUGGUGGUGAAUCCAAAUGCUGAGAUUCUUUCGGAAGCCGAGGAGUCUGAGACCAUCAUCUAUGCCGAACUGGAUGGUAGCAAGAUUGAGGAGACGCGGAAAGGCAUUCCGAUUUACACCCAGAGAAGAUUUGAUGUCUACCCUGAUGUGAGUGCCGGGAAAGUGAACUUUGAGGAUGAAAGCAAUGAUAUCAAAUCAUAG